AUGGCGUUUGACAGUGUUUCCCUUCAAUUGAUUUACGGGGUUUGUUCAUCAGUCGAUGACGAAUAUGAUGGUGGUUUCAAAUCGACGAUCGGUGGUCAGACGGUGUCGGGAUCGGGUUUGGAAAAAUCUUAUGCAGAUCAAAGAAGGAAGGAUAUACAGUUUGAAGUGGGAGAUCGGGUCUUUUUGAAAGUUUCACCCUGGAAGAAAGUAUUGAGAUUCGGGCGUAAGGGUAAAUUGAGUCCAAGAUUUAUUGGACCAUUUCGUAUCUUGAAGAGGGUAGGACCUGUUGCAUAUCAGCUUGAGUUGCCUUCUGAGCUAAGUCGUAUUCAUGAUGUCUUUCAUGUAUCAAUGUUGAGGAGAUACCGUCCAGAUCCAGGUCACAUUAUUCAGGUUGAAGAAGUAGAGUUGAGACCUGAUUUGUCAUAUGAAGAGGAGCCCAUUCAGAUCUUGGAGAGAGAUGAACGAGUUCUUCGGAAUAGACGAAUUCCAAUGGUCAAAGUUCAGUGGAGUAAUCGAGGCCCCUCAGAAGCUACUUGGGAGACAUUGGAGUCAAUGGAGGCUCAGUUUCCUCAA